AUGUCGACUCACUCCAACUCUAGAUCUCUGUCGGCCGAGGAGAUUUUUGAUUCUUUGACCCUCGACGACAAGAAGCCUUCUGCCGCCCCUCCCGCCUCGCAGCGUCGUCUGGAGGUGGUCCCCGCUUCUCGUCGGGGAGAGAACAAGCCGCUCGCCAAACUGCCCAAAGCCAGCCACCGUCCCACGCGGUCGCAGGAGGAGGCCUUGAGGGCCCGGAAGCCUCCCCUGAGCGGCCAACGGCCCGGCCCGUCGGAAUCGCCGCAGCGAAAGCCGCAGCAGCGCCCUCGACGAAACUCGGAGUCCUCCGUCUUGGACCUUAACACGCAGCCCAUCACCGCGGACGAAAUGAAGAUGAUUGAGGCCAAACGCCUUCGCGAUAAGCAGCGCCGCGAUCGGGACGGUCGGUCGUCAUCGAGCCGCGCCGACGGCAAGGAGAGGAGCAAGUCUAGGCGCCCGGGCCGUAAAUUGGACAUCAUCGACCAACUCGACGCCACGAGCAUCUACGGAACCGGGUUGUUCCACCAUGACGGGCCCUUUGACGCCUUGAACCCUCAUCGUAACCGCCAGAACAGCCGGCGGGCCCCCAUGCAGGCCUUCCCCAAAGAUUCCCUCAACAACUCGCUGGGCGGUGCGGGUCCCCUCAACCGAAAUCCCGAUCACGCCGUCUUCAUGGGCAACGCCACAGAUGAGGCGUUCCGAGACUACGCCGGGGGCGUCAAGAACAAGAACGGCUACAACUAUCCGGUCCCGUCGGUCGGGGAGGCCGCGAUAUUCGACCCCAUCGCGCGUGGCUCCGCGGUCCACGGCGACGAGAGCUACGGCUUGGGUACGUCGACCUUCCUGGAGGGUACGCCCGCGGCGAGGACGGCCAUUGCUCGACGCGAGGCGGAGCAGGCCCAGGAGGUUGUCGAAGGUGGCAUUCAACGCAAAAAGUCGCUGGCACAACGCAUCCGGCACAUCAACAAGGGCCAGCGAGAGUUUGCGCCGUCUGGCAGGAUGACGAACCCAGAGGGCACAUAUACUAGGCUCUCGCCAGACCCUAUUCCCUCAGGCACCGUUAGCGCUGGGUCCGAGGCGAACCCCUUCUUCUCCGAGUUUAGCAAGGGGGACGAGACCAUCAGCAUCAGGCCUCGAGACGGGACCAGGGCCUCGCACAGCCCUCCGCGGGUGCCUCGUCGGAUGUCAGGUGGAGCUCUCGAGCGAAGAGGUCAGGCCGACGGCACGAUGGCCUCGGAAGAGGGCCACGCUAAGCCCUCGGGGCUUUUGGGCCGAAUGAAGAGCCUGAAAGGCGGCAGAAGACCCCGAACUUCGGAGCACGCCCAGAUGCAGACGUCUGGCGUGACCAUGUAA